CCCGUGAGCACUCCGAUAGAUAUCGCUGCUGCGCUGUCUCAAGCGUGGGCAGGAGCAGAGGAACCUCUGAGUCAACUGUGAGCCGCACGGGGCAGGACACCACCCAGCAACCUCACCAAAGAGCACGAAACCCACAGGGCAUCUAAAAACACUAAAGAUGACAGCCACAAAGCCACAGAGCAUGCUCCGAGAAGCCUCUCGUCAGAUCAUCGCCGGUGGAUCCGCUGGUCUGGUGGAGAUCUGCUUGAUGCAUCCCCUCGAUGUGGUGAAGACGAGGUUUCAGAUCCAAAGAGGAACCACUGACCCCACCAGCUACAAGAGCCUGGGUCACUGCUUCAGGACAAUUUUCCAGAGUGAAGGAGUAUUUGGAUUCUACAAGGGAAUCCUACCUCCUAUUCUGGCAGAGACACCAAAGAGAGCAGUCAAGUUUUUCACCUUUGAGCAGUACAAGAAGUUGCUGAAUUUGACCCCUUUGUCUCCCGGUGUGGCGCUGUCUGCAGCAGGGCUUGGUUGUGGCUUGACUGAGGCUUUAGUGAUCAAUCCAUUCGAGGUGGUGAAAGUCAGUCUCCAGGCCAACAGGGAUUCCUUCAAAGAGCAACCCUCCUCUUUUGCCCAAGCAAGACAGAUAAUUAAGUCAGACGGCUUUGGACUGAGGGGCCUUAAUAAAGGAUUAACAUCAACACUGGGGCGCCAUGGAGUUUUCAACAUGAUCUACUUUGGCUUCUACUUCAAUGUCAAGGACGCUAUUCCUACCAACCCGGACCCUACCCUAGAGUUCCUGCGCAAGUUUACCAUCGGCUUGUUGUCUGGGACCAUCUCCUCCUGUGUGAAUAUUCCCUUCGAUGUAGCCAAGAGCCGGAUUCAGGGCCCCCAGCCAGUGCCAGGAGAGAUCAAGUACCGCACCUGCUUCCAGACCAUGGCACUAGUGUACCGCGAAGAGGGGUAUUUGGCAUUAUACAAGGGAUUGGUUCCCAAGAUAAUGAGACUUGGACCAGGUGGAGCAGUAAUGCUGUUGGUCUAUGAAUAUGUGUCUGAGUGGCUGCAGAGGAACUGGUAACAAAACAGGGAACCCCACAAUGGUGCCUUAUGAACUGUGCCUUAUUGCAAGUAUUGUUACUUGAAUAAGUUAGAUUUUUUUUCUUAAAUACAAAAAACCCAAAAUACCAAAUCAGCAUUAUAUUAUGUUUUAAAAAGCAGAUUUCAUUUCCCACAUUCAAAAUGCUACAACACAUUUUGAGUCUGAAGGAACUGUUCUAAUACCUUAAAAUAGUCUUCAUUGAGUUUAAAAUCAUUGACAAAUCAGUGUUCCUAAUGAAGUCAUGCAUUAACAUAGUGUCUUUACAUUUCAUUGGUUGUAGUUCUCAUGUUUUUCUUCUUUUUUGUGCUCAUCUCACUGGUUUGGUGCAACAAUCACAGAUUAAAUAGACAAAGACAAAGUAGACUGAGCUGAACGCUUCAGAAUAUGAACAUUUUUAUGCUUAUCCUGAUUUCUGUCUAUUUACAACUAUACUUCAACAUAUAUCCUCAAUUAAGAUGAGUUUGUACAACGAUCAAUCUCCAGUCUCCUAUUUUAUCACAUCAUAAUAUAUAUAUAUAUUCAUCUUUUUAUGGUAUAUGUAUUCAUAAAUGCAAAUACAAGAUGCAAUCAGGAAGUUCAGACACAGUGCGCAUAAAACAGUAGAAAUCAUAUUUAAAUUUAAAUUCAGCAGCCUUCAAGAACACCUCAUUGUGCAGCAAAGCACUGCUCCCAGUGCUACUGCAACUUUUGGAGGUUCCUUGGAAGUCUGCUUUUUGAUUACACCUAUCUUCAUCCAUGUACUACUAAGCCUUAGCAGAAAUAGUGUUUUAAUGUCUAACAAGAACACUGAUGUUAUGAAAGCUUAUUGCAAAAGUUAUUAAUGCAUAUGUUUUUGCCAGUUUGUUCUUAAUACACGGAUCAAACUUGGCACCAGAAGCCAAUGGCAUCGCAAAGGCACACGGAGAGUUUCUUUUGAUGUCGUUCCAUAAUUAUACUGGAUGCUGGGGGCAAACCGUCCUGCCUGAGACAAUCAGUCACAAAACUGUCAACAUCUUUGGGAGCUUCCUGUUUUCCACGUUAUUUAAAAAAAAAAACAACAACAACAAUUUAACAUGUAGUUCAGUUUUUUCAAUAAUCAUUUUCUGGCUUUGUCAAGAUAGGUGCUAUCACUAUCGAAUCUGAGUUUUAUAUGUUUUCAAGGUUUUAUUGAUAAAAUGUUGUGUGGAUUUUCCUUUUUAAGUCCUUCCUGAAAAAAAAACCCUCAAAACAAAAACAACAACUGGACAGUUCUUGCAUGUACUGGUAACAAAUAAAAAGAAAAAAUGAACCCA